UAACAGCAUCCUCUCUCCCCUCGGAUGCAGCGGACAUCUGGAGCAGUCCUUCCUGCCUGAGAAGCAGACCCUCCAGCAGUCCUGCACCGAUCCAGCCCGGGCUUCGCUGCAUGUGUUUCCCCGGUGGUGUCCUCCCUCUGAGGGCUGGAUCUUUGCCAGGAAGACACCGCGCUGCGGACAGGCUGACCAGCCGCGUCUGCCGGCGAAAAUACGUAAAUAUUCCCUGGGGGAGGAUGAUGGACUGAGCUGAUCAACUGAUAGGUUUAGAGGCCCGAUGGAAGCUGCGACACAUCUGGAUUUGGUGCGUCUGGACCAUCCUGGUCCUGGUUACUGAUUGAAGAGGCGGUUUCUCUCCUAACUGAUUCGGUUCUGUUUGUUUUAUUUCAUGUAUUUUCGCAGAUGGACUAAACGGUCCUGGUUCCGAGUUUGAAGGAGCAGGCGGAUCCCCCUCCUCCCCCCCUGCUGGUCUGGAUUAAAACCCAUCAGGAUCAUGAAUCCCCCCCCCUCCUCUGAUGCUCUAAUCUGGGGUUUACAGAGCUGGAUUUAAAUCUGGGAUCUGCUCUGGAUUACGCUGCUCGUGGUUCCGAUCCGGUCUGAGGAGGAACUGAUUCGAGUCUGUUAUUGGACUUUGUUCUGUUGGCCCUGGAUCCAGGGAGCCCUGCUGGCAUCAUGCCGACCUCCCGGCCUGGUUCGGAGCCGGUGGAGUUCUGGGUGGACGGGUCGAGGCGGGACGGGACGGUGGAGGACUUCUACGCCCUGGGCUCCGAGCUGGGCAGAGGAGCAACAUCCAUUGUGUACCGCUGUGAGGAGAAACAGACCCAGAAACCCUUUGCAGUCAAAGUCCUCAAGAAGACGAUUGACAAGAAAAUUGUGCGCACAGAAAUCGGAGUCCUGCUUCGUCUUUCCCAUCCAAACAUUAUCCAGCUGAAGGAGAUCUUUGAGACGGACACAGACAUCGCUCUGGUACUGGAGCUGGUGACAGGAGGCGAGCUUUUUGACCGGAUUGUGGAGCGGGGGUACUACAGCGAAAGAGACGCAGCCCAUGUCAUCAAACAGAUCCUUGAAGCUGUGGCGUAUUUGCACGGUAACGGCGUUGUUCACCGUGACCUAAAACCAGAGAACCUGCUGUAUGCCGACCUGUCACUGGAUGCACCACUGAAAAUAGCCGACUUUGGUCUUUCCAAAAUCAUCGAUGAUCAGGUCACUAUGAAGACAGUCUGUGGUACUCCGGGGUACUGCGCUCCAGAGAUCCUGCGGGGAAAUGCCUACGGCCCCGAGGUGGACAUGUGGUCAGUGGGCGUCAUCCUGUACAUCCUACUCUGUGGGUUUGAGCCCUUCUUUGACCCUAGAGGUGAUCAGUACAUGUACAGCCGCAUCCUGAACUGCGAUUAUGAGUUUGUGUCUCCAUGGUGGGAUGAGGUCUCCCUUAAUGCUAAGGAUUUGGUCAGUAAGCUGAUCGUUCUUGACCCUCAUAAGCGCCUCAGUGUCCGAGAGGCCCUUCAGCACCCCUGGGUCCUGGGCAAAGCCGCUCGUUUCUCCCACAUGGACACCACUCAAAGGAAACUGCAAGAGUUCAAUGCUAGACGCAAACUUAAGGCUGCCAUGAAGGCUGUCGUAGCCACCAGCAGAAUGCAUGAAGGAUCCCGACGUCGCACCGACAGCUGCGAGAUUCCAGGUUCAGGGACGUCCAGGCAGAGCAGCAUGCACCAAGACCCGCCUCCUGAGUCAGCAGGACCCGCCCCAGAGGAAAAGGAGGCCAUACCCCCCGAUCAGCAGGUUCCCCACAAGGAUGAAACCAAGCUUCCCGAUCAGGGGGCCCUCAGUCCCUCCCCUCCAUGUAGCCCCAACCCCCACAGCUCUGAUGCGUCACCUACAGGUCCCGCCCUCGUCAGACCGCCGCUGCGUUCUGGCGGGCUUCGACAGGCAUCAGUCAUCCCAAAAUCCAUGCUGGUCCAACCACGCCUGCCGCAGAAGAGCUGCUCUGUAAUUGAGUCAGUCCACAGAGGGGACGCAACAACCCCACUGGCUUCACCGCCAAGUCCCAAUAACCUAAGCAACGGCUUCACGCCGGGGGCAGAGCCUAGCACUAAAACCACUCAGUGCCAGUGAACAUUGGAGAGAGCUGCCUCAGUUUCACAACAAAAACCCAACAGUUGCGCCUUCCAGUCGUUCUUUACAAGCAUUCCGGACAACCAGGAACAAAAACAUUUAUGUAAAUUUAAGCAAUGCCUCUGUCUGAGGUGUAUUUGUUGGGUUAAUCACUCAAUAGCUGAUCUCAUGCUAAUGGUUGCUUUGGGGAAGCGGAAGAAACCAAAAGAGCUAAUAUCUGCCGCUAAUGGUUGAACUCACUCUCAGCCCCGUUUAAAGAGAAAUAUGGGUUUUUGUGAAUCCUGUCUGUUGGAUUCCUGGUGAAUGUAAAACCUGAGAUGAGCAGAAAAAAGUUAAGGUAUUUUUCACCAAAAAAAGUUAAACUUUUUGCCUCAGACUAAAAAUCUGGUUUAAUAGUAUAUUUUUCUGUAAAAAGUGAUUAAGGUCCAAACUAAUGUAACCACAGACAAAAGGCCUCCAGAUCUGGUUGUUCAAAUGAUCAAUUUGUUCUGGCUCUUCCUGAUAAGGCCCGGGUAAUUUUCAUUUCGAUAAGGAAUUAUUUACACUAUGCUUAAUCUUCCAAAUGUGUUCUGAUUGUAUUGUUCUCUGGCUGCAGGACAAUGCGCAUGGAGAUGUUAGUGACCAGUGAUGCUUCACUUUGAUUAAGAGCUGUGGCCAAUUUCCGCUGUGAAGAAAAGCCACGUUAGGCUAGUCUCUGGAUUAUUUCCACUUACAGGAGUGGUUCAAUAUUUCUAACAAAACAAACUAAAUCAGACAUAUGUUGGCGAGACACUUACUGUCAUGAUUGUUUUCAGUAGAGAGCUGGAGACAAAAAUACAAAGCAGGUUCUCUAAAUCCCUUUUAUUUGAAUUCUAAUAUAUUUAAUUCUGGUUUAACCCAACAGGACCUAGAAAAACUUGGGUUCCUCAUGCUUUUGUUGUGCAAGCAAAACACUUCUGUAGUAAGGCAUGUGGUUUGGUCAGCACAAUAUUGUGCAACACUAGCAAGGAGGCUAUUAUAUUAUGGUAUUAGCAUGGAGUGAUCUUCUAGUAUCAGCAAUUCUUUAGUGCUAGAAUCAUAGGGUUUUGCUGCAGACAUCUGUACAUGUGGCAUGAAUUUGUCCAAAAAUUGCCAUUAUCCAACUACGUUCUACAAGGUAUAGAAGUACCAACCGAGCUCUUCCUUCAGUGUGAAGAAAGCAUAAGGUACACAACGUUACCUGCCUAAGACUCAAGUCCUGGGGGGAUUUUAUCUAUUGGAUGUCCCAUAUUCUAUACUUUGGGAAAUACUAACCUAAUAUUAAUCUGCGUGCUCUUGCUGUGCAAAUCUAGUCUUUAUGUAUCCAGUUAGCUCAACUGCUAUCACUUUAUAGUUUCAAGCAAGCAGAAAGAAGUCUUGCAAAUUCAUGAGAGGAAGAGGAAUAAAUAAAUAAUAAGAAAUAAAUAA